AUGUCGUCAUUCGAGCCGGUUGUUGUCAUCGAUGGCAAGGGCCACUUGCUGGGCCGUCUUGCCAGCAUUGUUGCCAAGCAGCUCCUCAACGGCCAGAAGAUCGUCGUUGUCCGCUGCGAGGCUCUCAACAUCUCGGGAGAGUUCUUCCGCGCUAAGCUCAAGUACCACGCCUAUCUGCGCAAGAUGACCCGAUACAACCCCACCCGCGGUGGUCCCUUCCACUUCCGCGCUCCCUCCCGAAUCUUCUACAAGGCCGUCCGUGGCAUGAUCCCCCACAAGACCGCUCGAGGUGCUGCUGCCAUGGAGCGCCUCAAGGUCUUCGAGGGUGUCCCUCCCCCCUAUGACACCAAGAAGAAGAUGGUCGUUCCCCAGGCCCUGCGUGUUCUUCGCCUGCAGCCUGGCCGCAAGUACUGCACUGUCGGCCGUCUGAGCCACGAGGUUGGCUGGAAGUACCAGGAUGUUGUUGCCCGGUACGUCUACACUGGAAUUUCCAUUGCCAAGGCGCGGUAUACUGACAAGAGACACAGAUUGGAGGAGCGGAGAAAGGCCAAGGGUGCUGCCUACUACGAGCGCAAGAAGGUUGCUGCUCGACAACUGUCCGAUGCCAAGAAGAACGCUACUGUCAAGGCCGAGACGGCGAAGGCCCUUGCGGCUUAUGGCUACUAG